GAAAAGUGAAGAGAGCGGAGGACUGAAAAUGCACUGGCAAAGUGGCAGCGUGGCAUCCAAAGGAUUUGACUUGAGAUCCUUGACGAAAUAGAUUGUGCCAUAAACUGAAGAAUGUCAGGGAUACCUAAUGCAGAAGGUGAAGGAGUAGUCUCCAAAGUACAAGUGAAAAAGGAGAUCAAGACAAUCGUAGAGAAUUUGGAAACCAUCCUGGGAGACCUUAAGGAUGUAGCCAAGGAACUCAAAGAGGUUGUGCAUGAGAUUGACACCCUGACUUGUGACCUGCAACUGGAGGAGGACGGGCUGACAGACAGCUCAAAGACAGACACGCUCAACUCCAGCUCCAGUUCCACCACGACCACCACUGCUUCCAGCCUGGAGAAGAUGAAGCUCUGCCCUGAUGACUGUAUUUUCAGACCGCCUCCACCUGUCACCCAAGUCCCUGCCAACCCCCCCACAGUCCUGACCGUCCUCAAGAAACCACACCCUCCACUACCCCCACCCAGACUGACCCCCCUGAAAGCUGAGGAACAUAACAUAAAGAAUCUGCCUCAUCCUACAUUAGUGUUAUCAGGGAACCUAUCCAAGGCUAAUGGGACUCUAAUGAGGAAUGGCGGGAUUUUUCCCAUAAAACCGAACAGGGAGAUUUUCUCCUCGCCGUGUUUCAUCUCCAGUGACAGUGGAGUUCCUGAGUCGGGGCUCGUGCCUACGUUGCCCAGGCCCAUGCCUCUUCUCCGUCACGAAAAGAACAAGUGCCCCCAGGCUCCAGGCCGGGAGCCUCGUGAGCGGGAGCGGGUCCGUUUCAGUGAGAAGGUGCAGUACCAUGGCUACUGCCCGGACUGUGAUCUUCAGUAUGACGUGGAUGACACAGAACUACAUUUACAGGCCGAACUGAGUGACAUGAGACUCAGCCCUGUCCAUUGCUGCUCUUCCUCUCCUCCCCCUCCUCCUCAUGCUCUUCCUCAUGAACUGAUGUUGGAAAAUGGUGGCCUCCCGGUCAGCCACAGUUUCCCGCCGACGGGAAACGCCCCUCCACCUUGCGUGCCUCCUCACCAGCCAUCCCUCAAGCCCCAGAAAACAAUCCUACGCAAAUCGACUACCACCACGGUUUGA